CAACAAUUCUUAUAUAUGCAAUCAACACUCCUUGCUAGUACCAAUCCAAUUUCAGAAGACAACCAAAAAGAAUGAGACACCUCCGCAGUGUUUUCUAAUAUGGAAGAAACUGUGAAAAGUGUCAGUCCUUACUGUCUGUGAGAUGUUCCAGAAGAAGCAAUGAAUGCAUUAAUUCAGCUGAGUUGUUGCUUCCAAUACUCACCUAGUACUUGGGGAGCAUUACCUCCUUUGAACGCAUUCUGGACACCCCAAAAUCAGAUUGAGGACUAUUAUAAUCAGUUUGGGUUACCUUUGCCAUACUAUUCUUGCUCUACCCUCUCAGGAGGCCAAAAUCAGAAUGAAAAGUAUGACUCUAAGUCAGAGUCUACUACAAAGGACUUCUGCUCGACUGAUGAGGCUCAAUUGGCCUUUUCCAAGAUAGAUGCUAAAUCUCAAGAAGUUAAUAACACCAGGUCCAAGACAGAAAACCUAGAUGCCUACAUUGAAGAAAUUGUCUAUAAGGCAAAAGACACUAAGAGAAACAGAGUGGUUUAUAAAUGCAAAUUUGAAGGCUGCUCUAAGAAAUGCUCCAAGAGAUGGAACCUCAUUGACCACAUUAAAAUGCAUUUAGGGGUGAAGCCCUAUGAGUGCGACCAAUGUGGCUCUAGGUUUACCCAGAAGGGUAAUCUGAAAAAGCAUCUUAAAGUGCACCUUAUGCCAAGUUUAAACCAGCGUAAGGUACAUAAGUGCAAGUACUGCUCUAAGUCCUACACUGAGCGGUACAACUUGAUGCAUCAUAUGCAAACCCACUUGUAAAUAUCCACUGGUGUUUGCUAUAUACGAUAUAAAACUCUAGAAUAGAGUCUUUUACCAUAAAUCUUCAUUCA